AUGGUGCUGCAGGGGCUGAAUAAUAAUCUCAACUUUAAUUUUCACCCUAAAUGUGAGAAAUUGAAGAUCAUUAAUGUGUGUUUUGCAUAUGACAUCCUCUUAUUUGCAAGAGGUCGUACAAAAUCUAUCAAAUUGGUCAUGAAGAAAAUGAAAUAUUUUUCUGCUACAACUGGAUUACAGAAAAGUAUUCCAAAGAGCAAGCUGUAUCUUGGAGGGUUGGAUGUAGAAACAACAAGACUUAUACAACAGGCAACUGACUUUGAUAUAGGUAAUAUGCUUUUUCAAAUAUUUGGGGGUCCCUUUAAACAACGGGAAACUAUCUAUAUCCAAUUACCAACCUCUAAUAGAGAAGAUGAUGAGAAAACUGAACCAUUGGAGCACGAGACUUUUACCAUAUGGAAGGAGACAACAAUUAUUGAAAAGUGCCUUUUUUUUAUUUCUAACUAUUGGAUGCAUAUAUUUCCACUACCAAAAAAGGUGAUUGCACACAGUGAAGGGCUAUGCAGGAACUUUUUAUGGACUGGAAAAGACAGCUACAUCAGAAAAGCUCCCAUUGCAUGGGAACAUGUUUGUGAUCUAGUUGCUGCAGGAGGUUUAAAUCUUAUAUCCCUCACUGCAUGGAACAAAGCCACCAUAGGGAAAAUGUUAUGGAAUAUAGCUAAAAUAAAGGAUCGACUAUGGAUUCAUUGGAUACAUGAAUAUUACAUGAAUAAAUGA